GUUAUCGGCGCCGUACAUUAAACUUUCAACAUAAACAAGAUGGCGGCGCCCAGCGCUAGCACGUCGAAUGCAGCAUCGUCAGUUCUUGCGAUAACAUUUUUCAAAUGCAAACAUCUGGAGGAGCAAAAACUAAUAAAAAAUGUUUCUCACUCAAAGCAGAUGGACGAUUUAUUCCAGGAACAUCACUCUCGAGACAAAACUGUCACUUACACAGUGAAGUGUAAGACGGACAUGUCAAAAUCGGCUGAAAGUUUUGAGAUCGAAGGUGGAAUGUCCGUUGGAACACUAAGUGACCGUUUCCAAAUUAAAUGUCUGGAGUUCACCUGUAUGAGUAGGAUGAAUGCGGACGAUGAGAAAGAUGUACAGGAAGUUUUAAAGGAAACAACCAAACAGGCUGUGGAUGCGUUUAAGUUGCUUAUGGCAGGGGGAAGAAGAUUGUUUACGAAAAGAAAAACUUCAAGUUCUGGUGUUAAAGAUGGAUUGUCAAGGAAGGACGAGCUGUUCAAUGAUUUGGUUGGUGACUUUGAAAAACAGGGGCUAGACUGGCCAAGUAGUCAAGUAUCCAUGGAAGGAGCUUACUUUAUUCAGAGCCAUGACUUUAAUUUAUCCUAUGCAAUGCUCUGUGGUACCUUACAAAUCAUCAUGAAGUGAUAAAUGAUACAGCCAAUCGCCAACAAGAUGUCAAACCCAUUCCUGAGGUUUUUAGCAGUUAUUCAGGUUACAAUGAUGUGAAAAGGAAGAAAAUGAAGGGUCAACAGAUGUCACAGUCAGAUCUCGCCAGUCAUAGUCAGGCCUUGUACAGCCUUUUGAUGAAACCAGUUGUUAAAAGCACACCUGCAUGGAACGAAGC